CUAAUGUAUCAAGCGUAAAACACAUUUCUAGGUUAAUCUGCUCUCGACUCGUACACCAAUUUUGUUUGAGGAAUUUACCACAGAGGAAUGCACUAUAAUUCUAUAUUCAGCCUGACAUUUAUUCCUGUAGUAUUUCUUCAUUGAUUAACAGCGUAUCGAGCGUAACUUACGACGUACUUCUCUAAUUUAAUUAUAUAAAAAAUGCAAGUGUAAAUGACUAGUUCUUAUCUUAGAAAUAUCAUUUUUCAGAUCCUCCAGCCCUAUGAGUAAAAUGAGAGAGAGACACACCUUUAUUAUUUGUCUAAUUCUUUUUGUUUCUCAUAUAACAUCAAUCAAAACUGAAGAUAUUGAUGUAAGUACCCAAAAGUAUAAUGUGUCAAGCAUAAAAGAGAUAUACCUACACUAAUGGAUAUUGAUGACUUUUUCAUUAACAAUCACCCCUAUCACAUUAGUAAUGCAUCUGUUUCCUUGGAUGUUUAAUAUUAGUAGUACCACUUUCAUUUGUAAUGUGAGCUUCACAAAACUGGUAUUUAUUUAAAGAUAAGCACCAAGAUAAUGCUUUAUCAUUAUUAAGUGUAUCACCAACUUUUUAGGAAGAUACUUAUUUAGAAAUGGGAGUGUCUAGGCAUUUAAUUAAAAAAUAUGUGGAGGAACCUACAGUCCUAAUAUUUAGUAUGUGUGUUGAUUUUGCCAUUGCAAUUUCAUUAUUAUAAAUUAUUGUCCUCCACCUAUAUCGAUUCAGAAGUUAAAUGAAACAAAGAUAGUACCAUGGUUAAUUACCAUGGUAAAUUAAGUGAGAGGUCAAUAAUUUAACCACUCUACUGUAAAAAACACAUGCUUUCAUCACUUUUUAAAUAUAAUGCUUUAAUGUUUUACUUCUUAUAGCAUUAAACUUCCAUUUUGUGGAGAAUGUAAAUAUUAUCUUAUAUAAUUGAACAAAUGUAAAAUUUAAGUUGACCUCCGCAAACAUCAUGUUGACUCUGAGAAGCAAUAUGCCUGCAAAAAGGUAGUUUAUGAAGUCAGAGUUAUCAUUUAUCAACCUGAGGCACCAGAAUCAAUCUUCACAGUCAAAACUUAUUUUAGGAUGAUGUUACUAUAGAGACAGUAGAUGAUUCCCAGUCAGAUGUUCCUUAUGAUAGCCCCGAAGUACCCUCCCCAGAAAAAGUAUAUUUUGCAGACCAUUUUGAUGACCCUAGCAAGUUCCGUACUCAGUGGAUAAAAUCUCAAGCCAAAAAAGACAAUAUUGAAGAUGAAAUAGCCAAGUAUGAUGGGCUGUGGGAAGUGGAACCUGCUCAAAAAGACAGUCUUCCUGGCGAUUUAGGUCUUGUGCUUAAGUCCAAAGCUAAGCAUGCAGCUAUCUCUGCACCUCUAUCCAGGCCUUUUAAAUUUGAAAAUAAACCAUUGAUUGUGCAGUAUGAGGUACUUUUCCAAGAUGGACAGGAAUGUGGAGGGGCAUACUUAAAACUGAUCAGUGACCACCCAGAUGCAAAAGAUCUCACUAAGUUCCAUGAUAAAACAUCUUACUCAAUCAUGUUUGGGCCUGAUAAAUGUGGAAAUGACCACAAACUACACUUCAUCUUUAAACAUAAGAAUCCUUUGAAUGGUUCUGUUGAAGAGAAGCACUGUCAAAAACCAAAGGAGAGAUUGGAGGAGUAUUUUUCAGACAAGCUGCCACAUUUGUAUACUUUGAUUUUGAAACCAGAUAAUACUUUUGAAGUUCGGGUUGAUAAUAAUGUAAUUAAUUCUGGCAGUUUGUUAGAAGAUUUUGUUCCACCUGUUAACCCUCCAGAGGAAAUUGAGGAUCCUGAUGAUAAGAAACCUGAGAAUUGGGAUGAAAGAGAAAAAAUCCCAGAUCCAAGUGCGACAAAGCCAGAUGACUGGGACGAAGAUGCGCCUGCGCAAAUCGUUGACGAGACAGCGCGUAUGCCCGAUGGAUGGUUGGUUGACGAAUCAACCCAUAUUCCAGAUCCAAAAGGAGAAAAACCCGGAGACUGGGACACUGAGAUGGAUGGUGAAUGGGAACCACCACUGAUUGAGAAUCCCAAGUGUGCUGAUGCGCCAGGAUGCGGCAAGUGGGAACCUCCUCUUAUCAAUAAUCCUGCUUACAAAGGCAAGUGGAGGCCACCACUCAUUAACAACCCUAACUACCGAGGUAAAUGGAGACCAAAGAAAAUCCGUAACCCUAACUAUUUUGAAGAUAAGCAACCAUUCAAAAUGAACACUGUGUAUGCUGUUGGUUUUGAACUGUGGUCAAUGUCAAAAGAUAUUCUUUUUGACAACAUAAUAAUCACAGAGGAGCUAGAAAUUGCGGAAAAAUGGGCGGCAGAGACGUUCGACAAGAAACGCCAAAAAAUUGCGAAGGAUUCUGAGAGUGUGAUCCAGAGGCUGGCCAGUCUUACCGUGGAGUAUCCAUACUUAUGGGGAGUGUAUAUAGUUUUGCUAGCGAUCCCAGUAGUAUUUGUGCUGUACCUUUGCUGUAAACCCAGUAGUUCUAAACAGGAGAAAGAGGAAAAAAGGCUGGAAGCUGAGAAGAAAAAGACAGACCAAGUGAAUGAAGAUGUCAUUGAAGAGGAAGAUGAAGAACAAGAAGCUAACAGAAACGAAACCAAAGAUGAUGAAGAUGCUGAGAAAAUCUCAAACCCUGAUUCAGAUGAAGAUAACGAGGCUGUGGAGGAAGAGACAGCUCCUGAAGAGCAGUCGGGAGGCGCUACUCGAAAGAGAAAAGUGCGCAAAGAUUAAUCAAUACCCCUAUUACUAUAGUUAUUUAUUUAAUAUAGUAGGAAUGCUACCUUUGCAUUCACCGCCUGUUUUGUAUUGUUGACAAAUUGUACUUGUGUAACUUUGAAAGUUUAUACAUGCGAUUUGUGUCGCGUGACAGUGCUUCUUGACAGUGAGAGUGACAGACUGGACAAGGGCCUCUUGAUAACCCCAUAUUUUAUGUCAAACAUUGUAAUGUAACACCGUCGCGCACCACAAGUCGCGUGCAUAGAUGAGUCCUUAGAUGUAUAAUUUUUGUACACGUUGAGUAAUAUUUGUCUGUAUAAUGUAUUUACGGAUGUAAAUAUUCAAUCCUCGAUGAUAAUAUUGAUGGAAUUCCGAGUUAGAACAUUUUUAUUGAUCGCAGCUAGUUUAAUACGUUUAGGAUUCUUCUCCAUACAAGGGAUUAUCAAAAAACGCCUCGCCGAGUUCAAUACGCGCAAAUUGGCCACGCAGGCGCCCAUUUCGUACUAUGCAUGCCACGACCAUUUUUUCAUUAACAAAAGUUACGGGAGUUAAAUACCAUCGACUCUGGGUGGUAGUGUAGUGACUCGUACAUGGCUAUGUGCCAGACAAAAUAGAGUCACAAAAAUGAUCUGGCUGAUAGUGCUAAUGCGCAGAAGCCAUAUUGAAUUAAAGAGGAAGCAGCUCUUGGGGUAUAUUUGUAAUUAUUUCGGAAGAUACAGUAUUUCUAGUUGAUUUGUCAGCUAGUUCGCACGUAAUGUUUUUUGAUCACACCUUGUAGUUGACAUUUGGGGAGAAUCCAUUUGAUAUUUUUAAGAGUGUGUAUGUAUGCCUGACCAAAAAUUAGUUCGAAUUGAUCGAAAUAAAGGGUUUUCGAAAA